AUGUACAGCUCCGCCCUUCUUCUCGGCGCUCUCACAGUCCUCCUGGACACCGUGUCUGCCCACGGCUACGUGAAGAAUGUUGUCGUCAACGGCGUGUCGACUCCCGGCGCGGAUCCCGUCUGGUUCUACUCUCCCGCCAAUAGCAGGCCCCAGACCGCAGGUUGGGAUGCUUUGAACCAAGAUCUUGGUUUUGUAGAGCCCGCUGCGUUCGGCACCGCAGACAUCAAUUGCCACAAGAGCGCAACCGCAGGCAGGCUCUAUGCCAGUGUCAAAGCCGGAGACACACUUCAGUUCGUGUGGAACGACUGGGCCGAUAGCCACAAGGGUCCUCUCAUCAACUACAUUGCACCAUGCAACGGUGACUGCACGACCCUGACAGCCGCCUCUCUCCGCUGGUCCAAGAUCUCGCAAGCCGGUCUUACCUCAGGGACUUGGGCUUCAGACGCAAUGAUGAAGAACAGCUUCACUGCUUCGACCGUCAUCCCAAAAAACCUCAAAGCGGGCAACUACGUCAUUCGCCAUGAGAUCAUCGCCCUCCACGGUGCCCAGAGCGAUAACGGUGCUCAGAUGUACCCUCAAUGCAUCAACUUGAAGGUGUCCGGCAGUGGCACCGUCGCUCCGUCUGCUGGUAUCGCCGGUACCAGCCUCUACAAGAGGACCGACGCCGGUAUCUUGUACAACCUCUACAGUGGUCAGACUACUUACCCGAUCCCGGGACCGGCGCUGUGGACUGCGGCAAACUAA